AUGGCCACCUCGCCGGAGCCACCCCGCCGGAUCGCCGGUCGUCUUCGUCGUCCUCCUCAACACCCACUGCCUAGACCCCUACUCCGCGCGGUGAGGCCCGGCCUCUCCCUCCUCUCUGUCUUCCUCAAUGCGCCACCACGCGCACACGCGCCCGCACUCGGCUGCGCACGUGCCGCGCCCCUGCGGCUGCUGCUUCUACAGCCCCGCCGCGCUCGUGCUCGCCGCCACACGUUCCCGCCGCCGCGUCUGCCUACCUCUGCCGGCGGCCAGCUCCACCCGCUCGCGCCCCGCUUCCCCCAGCGCCGCUGCUCAUCCCCGGGGCCGCCCGUGCUCGCCGCCCGCCCCGCAUUGCUCCGCCCGCGCAAGCCGCUCGGAGUCGCGCCCCGCCCCUGUCCCUGCAUCGCCGCGCGCCGCCCCGCCCGGCCGUGUCCAUCGUACCGCGUCGAUGCGCCCCUGCUCGCCACCCCACCUCCUCUGCCGCCACGCCUGCACUCGCUGCUGCGCCAGGCCACGCCGGCGCGUGGCCUCGCCCCCUGCUGCUGGUCCACCGUCGCUGCCCCGCCUCUGGCCGCCCACGCCGGCCGCCCUUGCCCCGCGCCUGCCUUGGCCGGCGACCCCCGCACCUUCCCUCUCGCGGCAACCAGCUCCGCUGCCCGCGGCCACGCGCCCCCGCAGCCGCCCCUGCCCGCGCCUGACCCUGGCCGCCCCCUCUCCUCGCACUCCCACUGCGCCCGCAGCCAACUCCGGCGAGCCACCCGCAGCACCUCCGCUCGGGUCCGCCUCCAUCGGGCGCACAUGACCCGACGCCCGCUAGCGCCCGUGCCCAUUUGGCCCCUGGCCCUAUGA